AUGCCGCCGUACGGUGGCCCAUGUGUAACGCCCGUUCCUGAGUCGCCUCAUUGUUCGUCGCUCUCCCUUCCCGACCUCGAUGAAGCCCCGUCGUCUCCACACUCGCCCCACACCGCCCUCCCGGAGCUUGACGGCCUUUUCGCCGAACCGUCUGCGCCGACGCUCGAAACGAUCUCGCCUUCGCUCCUCGGUGGCGCACCGGACCUCGAAGACAGCCUGCGGCUCGACAUGCAGCCGCUGUCGGACCCAGCGUUUGUGCGUUCCCCGUCGCCCGGCGACGAAGACGACUUUGGAUUUCUGGACGUGCAGUUCGACGCGGACGCCACCCCAGCGGAAGCCGAGGAGUUCUGUCGUCUCCGGAGUAUACGCAAGACGGCCCAGGCUCAAGAACGCGCGGCACGUGCGGCUGAAGCCGAGCUCGGCGAACGCAUCCAAACGGUCGCGACCUCUCUGCUCCCGCCCACUCGCACGGAGGCGCCCCUCAACUCGUCCCCUCCACCCACGGACCCCGACUGCAUGCAGACGGACGAGCCGCCGCCGGACACCCCCGGUCCGUCUGCGUGCUUCUCUACCGCCCCCGACGUGCGCGCGCGCAAGCGCGAGCUUCAGGUGCUGACGGAGAAGCGGGCCGACGCGCGGCGGGCGCGCAAGGCGGCGAAGCACCGCGGGAAGGAGGUCGGUGCGCUGCUGGAGCUCAAGACGCACACGUCUGCCGCCGCGUUCGCGUUCCUGCCCGUCGCGGGGCUGCCGCCGCCCGGGGCGAAGGGCUGGACGCGCUCGCUCGCGCACCUGAUCGCGCACAUGAUCUUCCGCCGGCGUGAGCGCGCGCGGCCGCUCGAGAACCGGCUCGGGGCACUCUGCGCGGACGGGUCGCGGCCGCCGCUGGUCCGCCGUCCGUCGCGCCUGGGGCUGGUCAGGGACGCGUGCGCGCCGGGCGAGCUCGAGGACGAGGGUGGUAGGGCCGAGGAUGACGGCAUGGUGAUGUGA